AUGAAAUGGGUUCGGGUGAGGGAGGAGAACCCAGGGAUCCACUAUCGAUUCCACCCGCCAAUAAGCCGUGAGCCCCAGGCUGGAUAUGCCUGGCACCACACCAGCUGGUCCCGUUGCUCCGCCCUUUGUGCUGGAGGGUUUCAGCUGCAACAGGUGGUGUGUCGAAAGCAGGCCGAUCACUCAGUCGUCAAUAACCACUUGUGUGAGAAGAAGAGUCGCCUUAAAGAGAAGAGAAGGCCAUGCAAUACUGAGCCCUGCGCACCCACGUGGUGGACGGGUGAGUGGUCUGAGUGCAGUCGCAGCUGUAAUGGGGGCCUGCGGUCUCGGGGUGUCCUGUGUAAGAGGAGGGUCUCUGCAUCUGAGGAGAAAGUCCUGGAUGACUCAGCCUGCAUAUCCCUGAGGCCCUCGCUCACCGAGCCAUGCAAUAAUCACAGUUGCCCCCCCGAGUGGUUGGCCCUGGACUGGUCUGAGUGCACACCCAGCUGUGGUCCCGGAUACAGGCACCGUGUGGUCCUGUGUAAGGGCGGGGAGAGUGGAGACACCCUGUCUGAGUCCCAUUGUCCCAAACAGGGACGUCCCACCUCCAGAGUACGAUGUAACCUGCAGCGCUGCCCCCCGCCACAAUGGAUCAGCGGCCCCUGGGGAGAGUGCUCUGCAAAGUGCGGCCUGGGGCAGGAGAUGCGCUCCGUUCAGUGUUUGACUCACAGCGGACUGCCCUCGCACGAGUGUCUGGAUCAUCUGCGCCCAGCCACCAUGCAGCAGUGCCGAAGCAAGUGUGAUGUGAGCCUGCCCAUCAAGGCCGAGGACAGCCCCGAAGAGUGCAAAGAUGUGAACACAGUGGCGUACUGCCCGCUGGUGCUCAGGUUCAAGUUCUGCAGCCGGCCUUACUUCAGACAGAUGUGCUGUAAAACCUGCCAGGGCCACUGA